AUGCCAGGGCCAAGAAUCUGCCCUAACGGCUACACCCACCACGGCGCCCGGUGCUACAAGGCCUUCUCGGUCGCGCAAACGUUUGCCAACGCUCGACAGACAUGCGCGGGGGAGAACGCGUGGAUGGCCAUGCCACGAGAUGAGGACACCAACACCUUCAUCAGGUCAUUUGUCUCAUCGAGCUACCAGUGGAUCGGCCUGAGUGAUCAAGCCACUGAGGGUACGUGGCUCUGGGAGGAUGGAAGUGUUCUGGAGGGAGGUGACUACGAACAGUGGGGAAACAAUGAGCCUAACGGCAAUACUCACGAAAGCUGUGCUCAGAUGAGACCUAAUGACUGGAAUGAUGCAACCUGCUCCUCGUCUCACCAGUUUGCCUGUGAAACAGAUGCAGAUGAGUGUGCGUCGUCCAAUGGGAACUGCAGCAGUAAUCUGCAGACCUGCGUGAACAGUGUCGGAAGUUUCAGCUGUGUCUGUGAUGACGGAUAUGUCAUGAACACCACCACUCUCGAAUGUGACGAUGACGACGAAUGUGACUCGCUCAGUAGCGUGUGUGAACAGACCUGCUCUAACCGUGUGGGAAGUUACGAGUGCUCCUGUACGUAUGGUUACACUCUCAACGACAACGGACAUGACUGCGAUGUUUGCAGACUUCCGCUCGGAAUGGAGUCCGGGGACAUUCCCAAUGAAAGCAUCACUGCGUCAUCGUACUGGGCAGCCGACCACGAACCUUACCGAGGCCGCUUGAACGUAAUCAGUGUAACAGGCGCCUGGUCAGCUCGACAUAAUGCUGCCGGAGAGUAUUUACAGGUGGACCUGGCUGAAGUGAAGCGAGUUACUGGCGUCAUCACACAGGGACGAUCUGCUAUGGGCCAGUGGGUGACCUCGUUUAAACUGAAAUACAGUGUAGGCGAGAAUGCAGCAUACACGUUCUACAUGGACACAGAUGGCUCAGAAAAGAUCUUUACGGGCAAUACGGACCGGACCACCCCUGUUACCAACCUCCUGGACUUUCCCAUCGAUGCCCGUUUUGUGCGUUUCGUGGUUCAGACAUGGAUUUCACACAUCAGCAUGAGGGCGGAGAUUCUCGGCUGCAGCAUCAACCAAUUGGUUUGUGCCAAUAACUACUCCUUGCACGGCCUAAACUGUUACAAGGCCUUUGAUCAAACCUCUAAUUACAACGACGCGCGGGAGGCCUGUGUGUCAGAGGGCGCGUUACUGGCCAUGCCAAAAGACGAUGCCACCAACACCUUCUUGUACUCUCUGUCCUCCGGUGGAGCUUACUGGAUCGGUCUGAAUGACAUAGAAAAGGAGGGAGAGUUUCGUUGGGAAGAUGGCACCCUGCUUGGCAACGACUAUCGCAACUUCAUACCGGGCGAACCGAGUGGUAGUCAUGCCGAUGAAGAUUGCGGUUUUUUUCUGAACGAAGUUUCGGCGUGGGGAGACAGCCAGUGCUCCAUCAGCUAUAAGUACUUCUGCCAAAGAAAACCAGAUGUCGAUGAGUGCACAUCAUCCAAUGGAGGCUGUGAACAGACCUGCACCAACACAGCAGCUGGCUUCAGCUGUUCCUGUAUGGAUGGGUUUGUUGUGAACCCAGCUGAUGACACAGACUGCAACGAUAUCAAUGAAUGUGACACGGCAAACGGAGGCUGUGCACAGACUUGUCAGAACACUGACGGAAGCUUCAGCUGUGCCUGUGCAGCAGGGUACACCUUAGCUUCCGACGGUCUCGGCUGUGAUGAUAUCAAUGAAUGCCAAACGUUAAAUGGAGGGUGUGACCAGACAUGUCAGAACACUGAUGGAGGAUUCAACUGCUCCUGCGCAGACGGUUACAUCCUGGGGUCUGACGGCCUCGGCUGUGAUGCCGGAUGUCUGAGCCUAGAGGAUGAUGAUGAUGAUGAUGGCACUGUGAGUAUAACAUCUGUGGGUGAUUAUGACCCUUCCACGACCAGCCCAACAUCAUGCCAGAACAGUUGUGGACUACUCGGGGAGAUGUUUGCACUUCUGAUGCUGCAGGAAAACUGGAGCACAGCUAUCGAUGUCAGUCCUUCAGACGUGUUUGAGACAACUGAAGUAGUGGCUGACUUUGGAGACAACACAGGGACAGUCACCCUCACAACAUCAGACCUACAUCAUGCAUACUCCCUACCAGGGAGGUACCAUGUCACUGUCACGGCAUACGGCAGGGGAUUUGUGGUUAGGGCAGAUGCAGUAGUUGUGGUCAGGGUUCCUGAUCUGACAGCAGAGCUGGACUGUGAGUCACAGUUGGACAUUGGAGACAACGGAACGUGUACUAUCACAGCAAACUGGGCAGCAAGGCUGAACGUUACUGUACAUCUAGACCCUGGCUAUGUAAACUUGGCCUUGUCAGAUGCAGCAUUCAGUACUGUAGGUCCGGUUAUCCCAAAUGAUGUCAACAUGACGUCUAUUCCGGAGGAGGAACUGGGAAAACAGCUUGGUACUUUUGUCGUGCCAGCAAGCCAGUUCUCCGUGGCAAGCAGCAUCAUAGCAUGGGAGUUCCAUGCAAGAAGAACUGGCACAAUUGAACUUAUGGUUUACAAUGUAGAAGAAGACAUCACAGUGACACCUGGUGAUGUGAUUGGAUUCAAGCUGACCUUAAAUGACGGACAGCUGUCCUUCAUGCCGUCCGAGCAUCCAGAGUUCCGGUUGCACAGUCGGGAUGACACAGUCAAGGACACUGUUAACGUGAAUCCUUACGUCUGUGCCAUCACGUACAACCCUACAGCUGCAAGAUUCCAGAACAAGUUUACCAAACGAGGCCUGUACAACAUCACAACUGAACUGAACGGUGACGACAGCAUACAAGAUGAGAUGUUGCUGUGGAAGGUUGUUACCGUAGCUGGUGACUGGACAGUGGAGGUGGAGCAUGUAGAAGUUGCAGCUGUGAAUACACCUGUGACGUUUUACGCAAGCGUUGACGCUGCCAGCAAGUCAGACCCUGUGUAUUCAUUGCUGAUCAAUGGUGAAACUUACUACAACAUCACCAACACGAGUGCCAUGUUCAUCCAUAGCUUCAGCAGUAUUGGGACAUAUGAAAUCACUGUCAUAGUGGCAGAUGAUGCUGGGAGCACAUCAAACACAUCACAACUAAUCGUACAGGAGCCAGUGACCAAUCUUAGUCUGUCUGGUGAUACAGACUUACCUUUGAACGUGGCUAUGGGGUUCAAUGUCACUGUUGACAGUGGCUCUGACCUCCGCUGCCUUCUGCACUUUGGCGAUGGUUCUACGGACACUCUUGGCAUACAUAAAGUUCCAUUGGUCCACGUCAGCCACAGUUUUGACCAACCAGGCAGCUUUGAAAUGAACAUCACGUGUAGUAACAACAUCAGUAGUGCUAACACGACAUUUUUGGUCAAUGUGGCAGGGAUAUAUGCCUUGACUCUUACAGUGGAAAACCCUCUACAGACAGAAUCGUGGAACAACACAUUAGUCCUUCAAGAACCUAUAGGGAACAUUUCCAUAAUGGCUCUCAAUAAUGUGUCUUUUGUGAGGAACAAGGCCAUUGUGAUCACGGCAGACCUGGAGAUUAAGUGCUACGCCACCUCAAAAAAUUCUAUGAACUGGUCUGCAGUUCAGGAAAGUCCUUCAACGGGUGAAGUAGUCCAGGUUGUAGACUUGUCCGGCUUCCCAUCUUCUCAUACAGCUGAACUUCUCAUACCUGCAAAUUACCUCAACCCAGACUUGCACAGGGUGACAAUGUGUGUGGAGUUGAACCCCUCAGUGACAGACCGGAUCUACAGGUCCUGUGUUUUUACCUACAUCGUCGUCACCUCUGCCCCAUUAAAAGCCCUGCUCUUCCCUGGAGGAACCUCCAGAGUUGUGAUAUCUGCUGAACAGUCUCUGGACCUCAACCCGAGCGUGCUCUCAUUGGACCUUGAUGAGUCUGGUGCUUCUAAGAGCUUCACUACAUUCACCUGGUUCUGUAAGCCAUUACAAACAGUACUACAGUCUCGCUUCCCACCAACGGCUGUUAUCAACCUACUGAAGAACUUUGUGCUUCAAGAAGACAAAGGAAUACCAGUGAACUUGUCCUCAAUCAUACCUGUUCUGUUGUCCCUUCAUGAUCUGUCACAAACUCGGUCCUUUAUCCCGACUCUAUCGGACCCGUUUGACCUACUCGGCAGUGGUUGCUUCAACUCCAAUGCUACGGCACACGGAAGACUGCCCAGUUUGGAUCAGGGGAGGCUCAGGGUUGCCGGGUCCAUGCUAGUGAGGGAGGAACCUCUGGUGUUUGCUGUGGUCACCUGGAAGGGCUCACGGCUGGACUUCGCCAAGCUGCAGGUCAUCGUGAGGGACAGGGCAGGCCCAGUGAUGAGCAUCAGUUGUGUCCAGAAGUCUCAGUGUAUCCAGCAGCCCUCUGGACAAAAAAUCAACCCUUCAACCCGGCUGGUCAUCAAGGCCAGCUGUGAGCUGGGCUGUGGGGGGUCCAUGAGGUACAGGUGGACACUGAAACAGGAGGACUCACCGGGGGUGUAUGCAGAAGUACCAAACGUGCCUGGUGUUAUAUAUGCUACCAGAGGAGGCAUCUUUGUGGUUGAGCCAUCAGCACUGGAAACAAACCGGACCAACACGACAUAUGUCAUCGAACUUCAGAGCUGGAAUAUACCAACGCCCAACCUCAUAGGGGAGAGUACCAUGUACUUUCAGAUCAACACACCGCCUACUCCAGGUACGUGUGAAGUGUCACCUGAAGUAGGUACGACUCUGCAGGACAUUUUCACACUCAACUGUACAGGCUGGUACGACGAGGACGGAAUAGCCAGCUACCAGAUUCAUGUGCGAGAGAAUUCCUCAGUGUUGGCAACUGAGUUGAAUAAUCAGUUGGACAUUGGGGCAACAAAAACAGGCCUGAAGGACCUGAACCUCCCAGCAGGCCAGGCUGCCUCCCAGUACAAAUGGCAGCUGCACGUGACUGUACGGGACACACUGGGGGCUUAUGUACACUGGGAAGUCGGCACUGUACAGCAACGUGAGAAUUUGAUCCGAUCCAUGACAUCCCUGCCCAUGACAUCCAUCGGUCAGCUGCAGGAGUUGACCAGUGUGAUCAGCUCGGCAACUGCAGUUCCACAGGAAGUCACUAGGCAAUCCCAGGCAUCAGCACUGAGUACCGACUCAUCACAGCAGACAAACGGCACAAAUUCCACAGUCGCAGAAUCUGAUGGAGCUGCAAACAUGGCCGUACUCGGUCUCCUGGACAAGGUCAUGUCCACGGUCACCACCAACAUCGUUCCGGGGAUUCAGGUGCCAAAACUCGCCUCCAAGACGCUCGUUGUGAGCGUAGAAAGGACGUCGGCAGACGCUGUUGCCACCAGUGCGGAGAUAGAUGGGUCACAGUUCACUCUACCGGAAGUGAGUCUGUUCAGUGGCCUUGGGAAUGACUCUGUGGUGGACACUAGGGCUGUGACCUUCAAGACAAAUCCGUACUCCUUCAGGAACAUUGAAGGUGAGAGGCAGCUGAAGUCAGACGUCUUCAUGUUGGAGCACGUCCUUGGAGACGGCAAGUUGAACGUGUCAGGACUCCAGGAACCCAUCUCCAUCGUCUUCCAGAAAAACUUGGACGGCUUGAGUACAGAGUAUGUCCACCCAACGCCCACAGGACCCGUGAUGCUCCAUAAGUACAACAUAAGUGGCACAGCACAGCCUGCUCUGCAUGUGGACAUAGCGCCGGAUUUGCCCGGAGUCGUCUACACUGUCUACGUGUCCAUCGACCAAGAACCCAACAUCACAAAUCCCUAUCUCGUGUACCAUAGUGAGGACAUGGCGGAGGAGAACGGAUUCUAUCGACUCUUCGUUGACCCAGACCUUCUUCCAGAAGACCACAACGGCACCGUCUUUGUUGGUAUUGAGGAGGAAGGAGUUGCCACAAUGUCUCCAACCGCAGACUACACAGUUUUCAGUUCAAACUACUCCCUGCUGUUCUACGUCUCACAGUGUAUCUUCUGGAAUGACACUCAGAAUGACUGGGAUACUACAGGCUGUAAGGUGGGAGAUGGCUCCAACAGUACCCACACCCAGUGCCUGUGUAACCAUCUGACUUCCUUUGCCAGUGACCUGUUCGUCCCGCCAAACCCCAUCGACUUCAGCUACGUGUUUGCCAACGCAUCGUUCCUGGACAACGUGACCACUUACGUCACCGUUAUCACCAUAUAUGUCGUAUUUGCCAUUGCUGCGAUCUGGGCACGAAGAAUGGAUAAAAAAGACGUGGAAAUGGUUAGUGUUGUACUAAACGGAGAGAGGGGUGACACGGGAGCUCGGCAACUGGAAGAUCCCAAGCGGAGGAUUCUGCUCAGGGGUGGCAAGGACUCUUUUCUCCUGUCUACAGCAAGACCCCUGGGGAACCUGAUGUACAUGCGUGUGUGGCAUGACAACAGCGGGGGCGGGGACCGUGCCUCCUGGUUCCUACGCCAUGUCGUGGUGAAGGACGUCCUGUCUGGAGCCAAGUUCAUGUUCAUCGGAAACUGUUGGCUGGCCGUGGAGAAGGGCGACGGAAAGGCUACUACCCCUCCCCAUCCAUGUCUGACCAACUAUAUACGUACAAAACUGUACCCCCAGGUGAGCCGCCUGCUGCCUGUGGCUGGUAGAGAGCAGGCCCUGUCCUUCCAACAUCUCUUCACCUCCAAGACAACCAGAGACAUCGAGGAUGAGCACAUCUGGUUCUCAGUCUUCCUCAGGCCUCCUCACAGCCGCUUCACUCGGCUUCAGCGACUGGCCACCUGCCUGUCCCUGCUGAUGUGUGCCAUGUUGGUGAGUGCCAUGUGGUACGGCAUCCUGCCUGACCAGCCAUCCUCUAAUGCCAUCAGGAUAGGACCUUUGAUACUCAGUGCAGAACAGAUUGGAGUGGGCCUGAUGUCCAACCUCAUCACCUUCCCCGUAAACCUGAUCAUCGUUCAGCUGUUCCGUAAGUCUCGCCCGCGGAGGAAGAGACCAUCGCGGAUCAGGGUAGCUCUGGAGCAACAGGACACCGACAAGGCAACGUUCUCUAACAAAGAUGCUCCACAGACCGCAGACAGCAUCAGGGGACCUUUUCAGUCUAAUGAAGAAACCACAAAAGAAGACAACAGCAAGAAAAAGAAGAAGAAGUUCACCUUCCCGUGGUGGGGGGUCAUAGUCGCUUGGAUCCUUGUCUUCCUGGCGGUGGGAACGUCCACGACUUUUGUGAUUUUCUACGGGAUCCAGUUCGGGAACGAGACGGCGACAAAAUGGAUCACCUCCAUGGUCGUGUCCUUUUCCUCCUCCGUCCUCGUGACUCAACCAAUCAAGGCAAGUAUUAAGACUACAGACCAGUUCUGGGCCUGGGCUCAAGGUCCGCUCCUCGACGGGCUCCAACCCGGUCACUGGUACAACAGCCAGCCUGCAGACAACAUUGGGCCGCUGGUGGCUGACAAACUCUCCAUGCUGGUGGGGUAUGCCAUCCUUAGGCAGCUCAGGGUUAAGGAAGGUGGCUGUGAGAGAACCACGUCACUAGUGGAGAUACCCUGCACCACUGAAUAUUCCUGGGACAAUGAAGACUACGGGAGCUACAAGCCUGGCUGGGAAGAAUAUAUAAACUACAACCAAACUGUUGAUGUUGGAAGACUGGAGUAUUCCUACACACAUUCCUCAGAGAUAGAGUCCUAUCCAUUUGAAGGUAAGGAAAACGGGGCCUUCAGAAUGAUCUCUAUUAUAAUAGAGUUUCUCUGUGGUGUCCUGGCCAUCUACACAGGGGGAGGCUACGUCGUACAUCUGGAUGGAGAUAAACAGGAACUGGCACAGAGGAUGCAGCAGUUACAGGCAGAAGGGUGCUACACCCGUUUUCUCCUGGAAGUCCUUCCCUCGGGAAAUAUGAUGCCCUCCUACAAGAUUAGUCCUGUUCGGCUCCUCAGCUACUACUCGAGCCUGGACACACUGAAGCUGGUCUGCCAAGUGGUCUACUUCGGAUUCCUUCUGUACUUUAUGUACAGGGAAAUGCGGGAGCUGUGCAGAGAUCGUACUAAGUACUUUGCCGACAUUUGGAACUGGAUGGAACUGUUCAUCAUUGCUGUCUCCAUCGCUGCCAUCGUGGCAUAUUUCUACAAGCUGGUCGUCACCAAUAGUCUUCUGAACGACUUUGCCAGGGCGAAUGGGAGAGACAAGACCUUCAUUAACCUGCAGUAUGUGACCGGUUGGAACCAGUUGUACGAGUAUCUGGUCUCGUGUCUGGUCUACGCUGCGACCUUGAAAUUGUUCCGCCUGCUGCGAUUCAACCGCAGGAUGUCCCUCCUGUCCUCCACCAUCAGACACUGCUCCAAUGAACUCACCGCCUUUACUGUCAUCAUAGCCAUACUGUUGGUGUCGUUUUCCACACUGGGGUACCUGGUGCUUGGGAUCCACCUCAAGACCUUCUCAAGUUUUGCCCACGCUGUCGAGACUAUGGUUGCAACAACGAUGGGUUAUUUUGAGGUGGAGGAGAUCAUCGCAGUCAAACCCUUCAUGGGGACGAUCCUGUUUGUGAGCUUUACGCUCUCCAUGGCGUUUGUCAUUCUCAACGUGUUUGUCGGAGUGCUGACGACAUCCUUUGAGGAAGUUAAGAGAGACAAUGACAAGCAGUCAAAUGAGUAUGAAAUAUUGGACUUCAUGUUGGGGGUGACGUUUCCUGAGCGUAUUGACCAGUUUGUCUCGUCGGUGUACCGUUUGUACAUCACUCCGGAGGCUCAACGGGAGUAUGCCAUCGAUGACCUGGAGUACCACACUGCAAAAUACUUCUCUGGUGAAGACAUUCUGCCAGACUAUUUCGGGCGGUACCACAGCCUCCUGGAGGGGGAGACAACAUCCCUGCCUGGACCGGCUGAGUACAGGCCUGGCACCGAGACGCCAUUCUCCCAAACAAGCUUCUUAGAACUCAACAUGAACUACCACAAGCUGGUGUCUGAGUCGGUGGAAAGUUUGGGGGACUUGCCUGGACAGGUGGUGAGCUCGAGGGCGGAUGUACCCGGCGCGGGGCCGGACAGAGAGGCGGGUGCAACCGGGCAGAACAAGGAACGUCGGAUUAACAGUCGGUUGUCCAUGGUUCUGUUGAAUGAGCUGGAAUUUGUUUAG